CCCCAUCAGAACUGAUUUUGACCCUCAUAGCACUCCUAGGGCUCUGAGUUCAGUUAGGGAUAGUAGUUCGGAUUCAUGUUGCAAACCCUAGUCUUCAACAAUAACAAGCAAUGUCCCACCUAUUGCUAAACUGCCACCAUUAGCAGAUCAUUAUGUCCCUAGCCCCAGCCCAGCACAGUUCUAAUUGGUUUCAGUUUAACUUUGCUGCAACAUCGGCUCGAAUUACUACUGAAGCAAGAGUUACAACAACUUAUUGUAAGACGGAAACAAUUAUCUCUCUUGCUCAGCCAGAUCAUACUACUUAUAUUAUUUCAAAGUUUGCAGAGUGGUUUUAUAAUAAAGUUAACCAAUCCGGAGGUUUUCGGUAUGAAGAUUUCUGGCAAGAUAUUAACAUAAACUUGAUGUUAAAAGACAACUUUGAUACCGAAAAAGUAGCACAGCGUGCAACAAAUUCUGCUGGACUUCUUAAUCAAAUUUCAGGAGCGUAUAAAUUGAAUAUGAAACCAAAUUCAAGUCCACAGGGUAUAUGGGCACGAGGAAAGGAAGCGGAUGGGCUGCUUCAAGUAUUAGUCUGUGGCACUUUGCAUCAAUGUAGUCCGGCACAGCAUUGCCAAGGCAUCCAAUUUGGUCCAUGUUUAGGAAUGUUUGAAAACUUGUUCUUAAUUGCCUAUGACAGGUCUAUCAAUAGUUGGAAGAUAAAAAAAUUAAAUGGCAUUUUAAAAAGUGCCCCAUACAUGCAACAGCUGCCAACAAUAGCGGACUCAGAACUUAUCAACUCAAUUGUAUUAAGAUUCAAUAAUGUAAGGAGCGUUAUUCAUCCACUUGUACUUUUUGUUGGUGUCUGUUCACUGCUUACUCUCAAGUCUUAAAAUAUCUGACUAUCUAGUUGUAAGGUAUACUUUACCCCAUUCCAAUGAUCUUCCUUCCUUCACACUAAAAUGAGAGACAGCAGUUGACGUAUUAAAAAUUGUAAAGUGGUGUGAGAAAAUUAUGUAUCAUGAUUGUUCAGAGGGCUUAUUAUUCUACCCGAUGUUGCGAUGGUGGAUUUAAUUUUGUUUCUUCCAUUAUAAAGAUAUUGAGAGAAUAAACAAGCUUUUCUAGCAAA